AUGACAGACGAUGAGGAUAUUGAAAGACACAUUAAUAUAUUCCUCUUAGAUGGUUUUCGGAAAGUUGUCCACAUCGAGCAGGGUGGGCUGGUAAAACCAGAGAAAGACGACACAGAAUUCCAGCAUCCAUAUUUCAUCCGCGGACAGGAGCAUUUGCUGGAGAAUAUCAAGAGGAAAGUCACAACGGUGUCAAAUAUUAAACACGAGGACUUCAAAUUGAACUCUGAAGAAAUGUCUAAAGUGAUCACAGAUGUCCAAUUCAUGAAGGGCAAGCAGGAGUCGAUGGACUCCAAAAUCAGCACCCUCAAACAUGAGAAUGAGGGUCUCUGGAGGGAAGUUGCCACUUUGAGACAGAAACAUGCUCAACAGCAGAAAGUCGUCAAUAAGCUCAUUCAGUUCCUGAUCACACUGGCACGGUCCAACAGAGUCCUGGGAGUGAAACGAAAGAUGCCCCUGAUGUUGAAUGAUGGCAGCUCCACACACUCCAUGCCCAAAUACUCUCGGCAGUACUCGCUCGAGUCUUCUCCCUCUCUCUCUCCCUCCUCUACAGCUUUCACAGGAACGGGUGUCUUCACUUCUGAAUCGCCUGUCAAGACGGGGCCAAUCAUCUCUGAUAUAACUGAACUGGCGCAGUCCAAUCCUGUGGCCACAGAGGAGUGGAUUGAAGACAGAACAAGCCCACUGGUCCAUGUCAAGGAGGAGCCCUCUAGCCCCACCCACAGUCCUGAGGUGGAGGAGGUGUGUCCUGUUGAAGUGGAAGUGGGGGUGGGAUCAGGUGUACCUGUGGACAUGCCCCUUUCCCCUAUAACUUUCAUCAACUCCAUCCUCCAAGAGAGCGAACUUGUCACCGCCCUGACCCCGCCUCCCAAUGACCAGAAGUGUCUGAGCUUGGCCUGCUUGGACAAUUAUCCUCAGAUGUCUGAGAUCUCUCGCCUUUUCUCCAGCUUCUCCGCCUCGUCUCUACACCUCAGGCCUCAUUCCGGGGCAGAACUAAGUGAUCAUCUAGAGACCAUUGACUCUGGGUUAGACAACCUUCAGCAUAUCCUCAAUGCUCAGUCCAUUAACUUCGACACCUCGCCUUUCUUUGAUAUUUUCACAUCGUCUUCUAUUGAUAUGGAUCUGGACAGCCUGGCUAGUAUCCAGGACCUUCUGUCACCUGAACCUGUGAAAGAAACUGAAUCUGGUGACUCUGAAGAUUCAGGCAAGCAGCUGGUCCAGUACACGUCUCAGCCCGUGAUUCUUCCCGACCCCGUCAGCACUGAAACCAGUGCCACCGACCUGCCCAUGCUUCUGGAGCUGGAGGGCGACUCGUAUUUCGGGUCAGAACCAGCCGAAGACCUGACCAUCUCCUUUUUUAACUUCCAGUCCCCUGUCCCUGAAGACCCCAAACUAUCAUAGAGAGAGCAGAUUUUCUAAAGGGAUUUAUAUCUGUGUGGGUUUUUAAAAAUGUAUUUUUGGUCAUUUAACACAUCAGGGCUAGCCAUUAGAUUAUUACUCUGGUAUUUCCCUUCACAAGAGUCUGGGAAAAAUCUCUAAAAAGCAGUAGAAAGAAUUCAGUAUUCCUUCAAAUCCCUCCGUCAUGGAGUUGAAACAUCAAAAUUAGCUUUUAUUUGUUGGCUCAGUAGUUUCCUUGUUGUUCUGGCAGUGAGAAAACCUCAAACUAAAUGUGUAACGUUUUGUGUGCUUACCAUUUAUUUAUCUUGAUUGGUUUUGCACCAAUACUUUGAGAUCUAUGCUAAGCGAUUGUCUUGCAGUCUGUCACCACUGCAAAACCUCAAGCAUUUUCCUGCUCUUCUGGUUGUCAUUAUUUAUCUAAUUAUGUUGCGAUUAACCCCAGAUUGUUGUAUUCGACACCCAGGUCUCAUAAGUAUUCCAAGUAGUCAUCUUCCAGAAGAUUUUCUUUGCAGUAUAAAUUGGAAUGAUGGUUGAAUAUCUCAUUGAUAUUGAAGUUGAAGCAAAAACAAAAACAUAACAUGCACCUUUUAUAGCCAGAAAAUGCAGUUGGUUUAAUCGGACAAACAUGAAACAAGCAUCAAAAAUCAAUGUUGUGUAAACUUGUCCAGCAUCCCAUUAACUGUCUUCAAAGCCAUAGCUGUUACUCAUCAUAUAAUGUCUGAUUUUGGUUAGUGAUGAUGGGGAUGGGUAUGGGUUAAAGGUGCAUAUUUAGAGAUUUUAAGGAAAUCUUUUGUACAAAAAGAAGUAAUCUUUUGCCGUUGAAACAAGCAGGACAGCCUAUGAUGCUGUAUAUAGGAUAUAUGUUUAAAUAUAUAAAUAGUUGAGAGUCUGUGCAUUUGUUUUGAUGAAACAAAUUCAUUUCAGACUUUGAAAACACAUUCAACAGGGAUGAAUUACACAGUAGGUGUAUGAUCUGAUAUGAUUUGAAGAAUUUGUGCAAUAAUUCAACUCUUAACCAGCUUUGACAGCAACACACUGCUUUCUGUUAAUCUCUUAUUUUGUUUUGUUCCCUUUGUUUUUGUUUGUUUAGCAAAAGGAACUAGAAAAUAUAAUAGGCAAAUCUUAUUAAGACCUUGUCUGGGCAUAUUUCACCUUAAAAUCUAAAGGAAAAAAAAAACAUAUUAAAGAAAAUAAAGCCAAUUUUUGGGCAAUUGUGGAUGAUUUUUUCCCCCCUAGGUCCUAAAAAUAGGCUUCAUUUUCCUUUAGCAAAAUAUCAAAGAAAAUAUAAUUUAAAAUAUGAAUUUUGUCAUGACUUUGGGUAAAAUGCGAUCUGGACCUGUUUGUGAGAUUCACGUUUAAAUUGGAUACCAACAUAGCGAAUUGAAAUUGUAUUUUUUGGUGCGAUUUGUACGCGUGCUGUGCCCUAUAGACUUCUAUCGUUCAACACUUGAUGGUCAGCGCGGUAGAAGAACUGGGAGAGAAAUGUCACUGGUUGAUGGUUCUGGUCAUUUUCAGUCACAUUUUAGUCAUUAGAUGACUGUCAUAGCCAGAGAGACAUUAAUAUUAGGCAUAAAUUAUUUUAUUAUGCAUGUAAACAACACUUUGUGUAUUGAUAUGUUUCAAAUAAAAUGUUUUUGAAAGUA